AUGGUUAAGACCCGCAAAGACAGAGAAUUAGGCAUGAACGACACAACAGAGAUUGAUGACGAAUUUGUUUCACCAAUCCACAAAGUGGAAACUGAACAGAGUAAUGUAGGGGAAGUAUUGCCUGCUGCUAGCAGUCAACAGCUGGAACAACAGACAGGCGUCAGCUCAGCUGACGACUCAAACAAAACAACAUCAGUUGCCGACACAGCUGAUGUGCUGCCUCGGUCAGCAACGACGAAUGAUUUUCUAGCCGUGGUGCUGGCAAAUAUCGAGUUGAGAGAACGGGAAAGAGAGAAGCGCGAAAAAGAGGAACGUUUAGAAAGAGAGAAACUUGAAACAAAGGAGCGUCUCGAAAUACAAAAGGCUCUAAUAGCUCAAGUGAAGAGUAUAUGCGACGUAGAGCGUGCGGAAAAUGAAAAAUCGACAAUUAAUCAAGUUAAAACUACAGUAACCGCAGAACGCAUAGAGAGGGGGGAAAGAGAAAAAGCAGAACGCUUGGAAAGGGAAAGGAAAGGAGUGGAACGUGAUGAACGUUUAGCCGGUCGACUAAACCACAUUUUAGACGAACGAGGUAAAGUCAUCGUCUCACAUCUUAAGGGAGAAAUAGAUGGUCUGUGGGAAGAAGUUCCUGGAUUGGUGGGACAAAGCAAAGAUAUUCCAACGAAAGUACAGAAACUUGACGAGAAGAUAUCCGAACUCGACAGAUCGUGUAAGCAAAGUAAAUUUGCCAGUGGAGGCGAGGAGUGGACGGGCGCAGACAGGGAGGCGAAGGCCGGCGAGCGCCGGAAGAGCAUUGUGCAGGGGGCGGGGGUCCCAGGGGAUGGGGCCACUGACCGGCAAGCAUCAAAAGGAACACCGCCGGGUGCCAGGCGCUUCCCGCUGUCACAGCUCGUCACCGCGCGGCCAGAGAGAGCCACGUCCGCAGCCGGCCGACACAAUCUCUCGCAGAAAUUGCUUCCGGCGGCGGCGCCGACAAAGAGCCGAAUGGACGGCGCGCCUCUGACGCCCGGUGGCUCUGCUGACCGAGCGGCGCGCCGCAAAGUGUCGCAUUGUCCGCCACCGCUGCCGUCGCCGCCGCCGCCGUCGCCGCCGUCUUCUGCCCGCCAGGAGCCUUUUGUGCGCCCCGGAUGGAAAUACCCUCAUUGCCGCGAGCCCUCGAGAUAA